AUGUCUUCAAUCAUAGUUCCAAAGGCUUUAGACCCAGGUGCAACAAUUGCCUUCAUAUCGCCCUCAGCUCGACUUAAUGACCAAUAUCCUGCUGCCGUGUUACGAGCUACCGCCGUACUCAAAGGACGAGGCUACAACGUUCGUGAGUUCUAUAAUAAGGAUAUAGGCAUUCAAUCAUCUAUUAUCAACCGCAUAUCCGAGCUGCGCGCCGCCUGCCUAGAUACUAAGGUUUCCGCCAUUAUCUGCACCGUCGGUGGGCCAUCCUUCACGGAGUUGCUACCAGGUCUGAUUGCCGAUACGGAUCUACAUAAUAUCAUCCGCGCCAACCCCAAGAUAGUUCUUGGCGCGUCCGAAUCAGUUGAUGAUGAAACAUUGCCACUUGCAUUCUGUAUUAAACACCUCUUCCGUGCUAUCGCGGAUCGGGAACCUAUUGGCGACGUCUCGCGGUCGCCAACGUAUGCGCAUAAGCAUCCUUCUUGGUUCCACGAUCCGGCAUCUAUACACAAAACAGAGCUCGUCCCUACUCCCGGUUGGAUAUGGCUCCGGCCAGGCAAGGCGCAGGGACGGCUCUUUGGUGGCUGUCUAUCCGUUAUGGCACGUCUCAACGGAGUACGACAAAUCGUCCCAGAUUGGCGGGGCCGGAUUAUAUUCUUCGAGACUGCUACUGGCGAAAAGUUUGGAUCAGGAAACCCGAUAGAUCGGGUAAAGGCUGGGAUUGCAGAUCUUAUUGCCCAGGGUGUUUUUGAAGAUGCCGCGGGCUUAGUAGUAGGGCGUCCGUUCGGGUACGACUCUACGAAGCAGAGAGAGAAAUAUAUCAGUGUUAUCAAAGGUCUCUUAUGUGAUGGUCCGCUCUCUAAGAAGGAAUUCCCCAUUCUAUUUAAUGUCGACGUUGGACAUACAACACCGAUGGUCACCUUGCCGUUCGAUGCGCUAGCUAUAUUAGACUCUGAAAAAGAUCAGUUUGCUGUUCAAGAGUCGGGAGUUGUAUGA